AUGCAAUCCAAAUUCUUGGACAAUGAACAAAUCAAAGCUAUAUUGAAUAUGUUUUCAGUAUCAGAAUGUUACAUCAUAUCAGAUUAUAGUUGUCCUCAAUUACAAAAGUAUCAAAAAGUUCUUGAAAAUGAGUUCUAUAUUGAUGUUGGCCUCAAGUCUAUCAUACAACCAAUUCCAGGCACAACAACGGUUCCAAAAACCUGGUUUCGCUUUGUAUCAAAGUCACAUCUGAUAGAACUUGGAGAAAUGCCACCGUACUAUCCAGACUUCAUUGGCGUUCUAUCAAAGAUUAGAGAUUACACGAAAACAAAUGGAGAAGUAUUUGUGUUGCUGAUACUAACCAACGAAAGUGGUAGUGAACUUGCAAUCAAUCUAUGGAAACAAUGCAUAACCAAUCCACACAAAUUCAACCGUGCCUCCAUAGAUUGUUCGUCUACGCCAACAGUUGUUGCAGUAACAAACCUAAAACCAUCAAAAUCCAAUGGAGCAUUACGGCAUGGGUCAUCACAUGCUACACAUAUCUAUGUCAAUCCAGAUAUACCAGAGACAACAUCACUCAUAAACCUAUUCACAGGACCCUCAAGGCCAAUACCAACACUAUCAGGAACUCCAUCAACCAAAUACAAUAUGAAACUUAAAAACAGAUAUGAUCUACUGAAGCUUCAAUCAAGGAAUUUCACUUCCAAAACACCUAGUACCAAACAACAUGUCCAAUCUGUAAAGAUCCGAUUUUCAGAAGGGGCAAACAGUGGUAUUGCAGUGCACAUGGACUCAUUGGAAAGCCAACUUACACUCACCAUUAUCGACACCAUAGACACCAUACCUGCAGUCGUAUCCGAAACAGCAAGUCAGAAGCUGUUAAAAUCACCGCUUGAAAAGUUUAUAUCUGACAGCCCGCUCCCAAACAGGAACACCCUCCCUACGAUCAUCACCGAUAAAAAAAAACAAACAAAAACAAUGUGUAUCCAAAUGCUGAGGGCAUCAACAACCGACAACAUCUGUUUCAUAAUAAUUGACAUCCAAGAAUCAACAACACCAUUGGAGACACCUAUCACAACAACACGAGCCCAAGCACAGAUGACAGAAUGCGAUUAG